AUGUGGCUAGUUAACUUUUUUACUAAAACAAAAAACAAUGGACGUGAGGACGAUAUUAACAAAGAUAAGGUUCACGAGGAAUCAAUCAAUAUUUCAUCAAAACAUAAAGAGGAACCAGUUAUUAAUGAUUUGAAAAAAAGAGUUGAAAAAGUAAAAAAGAUACACACAAAAUUACAAGAAUUACAAAAUAAACAAGACUUAAAUUUAAACAAUAACCUCAUAAAUACCCUACGCGACAAAGACAAACAAUGUGCGUCUACGAUUAAAAAUGAAAAUAAUUUAGAAAUAAAUAAUUAUAAAAUAGAGGAUAUACUGAGGAUUAUACCAGUUAUAGAAAAUAAUCUACAAUCACUUACAGAGAAAGUAUCUUGUUUAUCUAGCUUAUUUGAUGCGAAGCAGCUCAAUGCCAAAACAGUAACUGAACAAAAUAAUUCAAAUAAUUUUAAUAUAAACACUGCUUCAAGCUCUGUAAAUAAAUUGAAUGUUGUUGUAGAUAAAACAAUACAAACAAAUAAAUUUACUUCACAGGGUUUAGUUUCUAAAGGCAAUAAAAAAAUGCGUAAAAACAAACGAAGGGUUAUUACCAAAAAAAAAUAUUCUUAUCAAAAGGUUAAAAUUCGAAGAAUUUCUACUAAAAUAAUUAAUAAAGAUGAUAAAAAAGAUCAAGUUAUGAAUGAAGAAAAUGUACCCGGUUACGGUGUUAAGUCAAUUGAUCAGUUGACCAAUUUAGAUGGGCAAUUAGAAUCCUUUUUUACAAAAAUACAGUCAGCUUUGACUCAAUGUAAAAUUGACCAAGGAAAAGAAAAAUCGGAAAUUUUGUUUAAUCUGUUCAGACUGGACGAUAAAAUAAACACGAACUACACGAAAGUGAAUAAAUUAAUGUCCAAUAUCGAACAGUUAAGUAAAAUUAACGAUUUCGUCAAUCACGUACCUUUGAAAAAACAAUUAAAUCUUGAAAUAAAAAAUAAACAUGAUCUGAAAAAAAGUAUAGACGAUGUUAAAAUAUGUAUUGAUUAUUUAAUAAAACCAAAUCUUAUUGAUACACUACAAACUCAACAGUCUGUUACUACCGAUACUCCAAUUACAAGCACUAAUAUUAAUCGCACGUGUACCUCAAAUCGGUGUGUUUGCAAAUUAAUAGACAAUACUAAUACUGCUAGUACACAGACUAUAAAUUCACAUGAUGCUAAAAAACAAAUGAAGUACGGUGAUAUCAUUUUAUGUGAGUUUUUAAAAUCGAAGCUAACUUUGGAAAGGAUAAAUAGAGACGAUCAUCAACAAAUAUCACAGGUAAAUCAGUUUUCAAAUCAAAUCGACGCCAAUAAAAACAGCUAUUCAUCAUUAUGUUCAAAACAAUCGAAUCUUUUUUCAAAUAAUGGAAAAUGUGAUGGAAAUCAAAUAGACAUCCAAAAAUCUAGUCAGUUAUUAGUAUGUUCAAAAAAAUCAAACCAUCUAAUAAAUAAUGAUAUAAGACAGGAAAACCCAAAAAUUAACCAUUUAACUGUAUGUCCCAAGAAAUCUGUACAUAAUUUUUUUAAAUUUGGUAUUGAAAAUCACACUACAUCCAACCAACAGAAUACAAAGAAAUCAGUUCUUGAAAAAAACAAAAUUUGUGAUUUUCUUUCGUCUCAGCCAAUUCCAGAAUGGAUAAGACUCGAUGAGAAUCUCAUUAAAUCGGAUAAUGUAUGCUGCAAGGCUGCUGCUAAAUCGUCACUAUCAAAUUGCACUUUAAAUGUUAGUAAGUCUUAUAAUAUUGAACGAAUAAUAAACGACAGUCAUGACAAAAAUGAUAUAGUUUACGAAAUUACACAGAAACCCGAUGUUCCAAAAUAA